AUGAAGGUCGUCGUUGUUGGUUCCGGAAUUGGCGGUAUCUCCGCCGCCUACCACCUGGCCAAGGAUGGCCACGAAGUCGUGAUGCUCGAGAAGAACGAGACCCUCGGUGGACACACGUACGAGAUGGAGAUCGACGGCGAGAUGGUGGACAUCGGCUUCAUGAUGUUCGGCGACUCCAACCCCAACAUUAAGGCGUGGUUCAAGUCUCUCGGGCUGACGGAGGCCGAUGGCACCACCAAGAAGCGCAUUCCCAUGAGUCUGACGGUGAGCUCUAACAUCGAAGGCGACCUCCAGUUCUCGUCGCGCGCUCCGUUCCACGGCAGCGUGCUCAACCUCUUCGACCUGCGCAUCUGGCGUGUCCUGCGCGACAUCUACCGCUUCACCAUGGACCUCAUGACCAUGCCCGUCAAGGAGGACAUCACGACCCGUGAGUGGAUCGCCAAGGGCCAAUACUCCGAGGAGUUCUUCCACCACUACUUCCUGGCCUUCGUCUCGGUGCUGUGGACGGUGCCCAAGAACGACGUGCUGGACCUGCCUGUGACGCAGUUCCUCCGUGCGCUCAAGACCCACUCCAACUCGCUGUACAUCCCGCUCUGGCAGGUGAUCAUGCGUACUUUGGGCCGCCGCUCCGCUCGCCCGAAGCACCUCUGGUGGUACAUCGGCUCGGGCUACAUUGAGCCCUUCCUGAAGAUUUUUACUGAGGAGUACAACGGAACGGUGCGCUACAACGCCACCGUUGACCAGGUCGAGAAGGGCGGUAAGGCUGUCAUCCUCGAGGGUGGAGAGCGCAUUGAGUGUGACCACGUCGUGCUGGCCACGCACGCCGACGAGAGCGCGCACAUGCUUCGCUGGAGCGAGAAGGCGCAGCGCUCGCUCAUGCGCUUCUACUUCCACAAGAGCAUGAUGUACGUGCACCGUGACCCCACGCUUCUGCCCAAGUCCAACAAGGUGUGGAGCAGCUGGAACGUGUUGAUCUGCAACGAGGACCAGUACAUCCUGACCUACUGGAUGAACCGUAUCCAGCACCUCAACAGCAAGAAGGACGUCUUCGUGACCAUCACCCCGUACGAGGAGUUCGAGGGCCAGACCCCCGACGCCGACAAGACCAUCUCCGCCUUCCGCUGGGACCACCCGCGCCUGCUGGCCGACUGCAUUGCGCAGGACGAGAUCAUCCAGGAGGAGGGUAUCACGCUGUCUGGCUGCUGGCUGGGCCGUGGCUUCCACGAGGACGGCUUCGUGGCCGGCCGCCGCGCUGCUGCGAUCAUCCGCGACCCGAAGCACAAGAAGACGGUGCUGUACGAGGACCCGGGCAACAUCGCGACUCCGCCCGUGCCUCCUUUCGGCGUGCCGCUCAACUUCCACCUCUUCGGCGCCACGGUCGUCGGCCUGGUGGGCUACGGAAUUGCCAAGUACCUGGACGUCAAGUUCUAA